GUGCAAGACUCGCUCAGGUUGGCGGCCCGGUCGUUGAACGACGCCACGGGUUACUCGGGCAUUGAAAAACACAAGCUUCUAGUGGAACAAGUCGAGCGGGAUAUCAAGCAGGCACGCGAGGCGGUGAAAAUCGCCAAGGCCUCAUACGAGCGUGCUAUCCAGAACCGGUCCGAUCUGCAGAAAGAAAUCAACGAGCUCCUCACUCGGAAACAUACGUGGUCACCCAUCGACGUGGAGCGAUUCACGGAGUUAUACAAAAACGACCACCGCAACCAGCACGACGAGGUUUCCAGCAAGCUAGCAUUGGACGAGGCCGAGCAGAACGUGGAGGCCGUGCAAAUCAAGCUCACUGCACUGAUUCUCACGAGGUACCACGAGGAGCAAUUGUGGAGUGACAAAAUCAGACAGGCACUGACCUGGGGCACGUGGAUGCUUAUGGGCGUCAACAUCAUGCUUUUUGCAACCGCCACGUUUUUUGUCGAGCCGUGGAAGCGCCGCAAGUUGGUCAAUGCUUUCCAGGCAGAGGUGCAGCUGAAAAUGGAGGAGUACUCGGCGGAAUUAAAGAGUCUCUCGCAGCAGCUUUCUCCCGAAACAGCGGAUGCCAGAGGUACCGAGGAAUCUGUGCCACCUGAAACACUCGUUCUUGACAUUGAAACUGGGACGCAUCGGAUCUCAUUUUCUGAAAUCACCUCUUGGAAGACUCUUCAGAACUGGGUGUCUGCUUUUGUGGCAGCUUUCAAAGUGCCAGAAAACACAAACUUCUCUAUGGAAAGACCCGACUUCGCCAUAUUUUCUGGGAUACUAGUGGCUUUUGGGUGGCUCUUUGGCUCGCUUUUGAAU